AUUAUUAUUAUUUUUUUACCAUAAUGAAUUCUAACAAAGUUAGAUAUUUAAUAUUUUUCCAAUAUUUUGGGACAAAGUAUAGUGGAGUGGUGGAGACACCUGUCACACAGUCUGUUCUAGGUGUGCAGAACUAUUUGCAGAUGGCAGCACAGAAGCUCAGACUGGUUGGCAAUGCCAAGUUCACCAUCUCCAGCCGAACAGACACUGGGGUUCAUGCUAUCUGUAACUCGGCUCAUGUGGAUAUUGAAAGGGCAGUGGGGAAGCCUCCAUUUUCCGAGACCAUACUAGUAGAUGCAUUAAAUCAUCACUUGGUACCAGAGCCCAUCAGUGUCCUCAAAGCCGUUCGAGUUUGUGACAAUUUCCACGCUCGUCACAACGCGCUAUCUCGGACAUACGUCUAUCGGGUAGUGACGGGAUGCAAUCGGUUUGACCUGCCUGUGUUUGAGCGAAACCUAUGCUGGGCGGCAAGUGUAAGCAGCCUGAGUGUGACCGCUAUGGAGGAAGCUGCAAACCUGCUUCUUGGGACCCAUGACUUCAGCGCCUUUCAAUCCGCCAGUAACGAAAAUAUUUUCAGGUCUCCCAUCAAGACGCUAUCACAAGUAGACAUCAAGCCUUCAUCUAGCUUCUGGCCACAUCUCCUACAAUACAGAGACCUGCAGUUUUGGGAUUUAACCUUCAAAAGCAAAUCAUUUCUCUACAAACAGCACAGGAAUGAAAUGCUACAAAGGAACGAGAGGAACACAUGGACGUACCUGGUUAUGCGUCUGUCCUGUAUGAAGCCUGCUUAAUAUUGUAGAGAGAGAGAGAGGGAAGCAGUUCGAUUGUUUCCUUGAAGAUGGCAGAACUUCAAAGCACAGUUUCAAUGUGCCCCCUUACUUAUUAGUAAGACCAAGUGAGAGGAAGCGAGGCUGGCUCGGUUAACCCACGUCUGCCAACUUGAAAUAGAGUGCCAGUUUUGGGGCAUUGAGACUCCAGGAAGAAUACAGUCAUGUGGCUGGUGGCAUUAUGUAAACACUGUAUUCAUUAUCAAUACUAGGACGCUUACACUAAGAAAAAUAACGGUGUUUUAAAGGGUAAGAUUAAUCAGCAUGCCUUCUGUAAUUUCUCCAUCUGAAUCACAUAA